CCACUUUGGAGCCGGUAUUGCCGACGCGGGUUUCCUCUCUUUCUUCGGGCCCGAUCGACUUCCUUUUUUCCGGCCGGUUAUAAAAUCCGCCUGCCCCGAGCCUCGUCAGAGCCCGGGACGGAUCGCUGACCGAGACGGCGACGGGAUGGUCGUUCCGAUACGGACCUGGGCGGCCCUCGUGGCGCUCGUCGGCGUGGCCGGGGUCUGGGCCGCGAAUCCGGGAUUCGUGGUCAGGAUCUCCCAGAAGGGACUGGAUUAUGCCCGCCAGGAGAGCAUCGUGGCUCUGGAGAAGGAGCUGUUGAAGAUCAACCUGCCCGACUUCUCGGGCUCCUUCAAGAUCAAGCAUUUUGGGAAAGGCCACUAUGAUUUCAACAGCCUGGAGAUCAACAACUUCCGCCUGCCGACGUCUCAGAUUAGCUUGCUGCCCGGCCAGGGGCUGAGGGUGGCCAUGUCCAACGCCUUCAUCCAGGUCUCCGGGCACUGGAAAGCGCGCAAAAAUUUCAUCAAGCUCAACGGUUCCUUCAAUCUGAAGGUGGAAGGCCUGUCCAUCAUGACUGACCUCCAUCUAGGCAGUGACCAGAACGGUCGUCCUACGGUCUCAGCUUCCGCUUGCAACAGUCAAAUAUCCAACGUCAAGGUGCAUAUCUCCGGACGCUUAAGCUGGAUCCUGAACCUCUUUCACAAAAAAAUCGAGUCCAGGUUCCGCAAGUCCAUGGAAGGCAAGAUCUGCGAAAAAGUGAUGUCAGCGGCCCGCUCCAAACUCCAGCCCUACCUGCAGACUCUGCCAGUGACAGCCAAGAUCGACAAGGUGGCCGGCAUCGACUAUGCCCUGGUCCACCCGCCCAAGAGCUCGGCCUCCACCCUGGACGUCGGGCUGAAGGGCGAAUUUUUCAAUCUGAACCAGCGGUCCCCGCCUCCCUUCGCUCCCCCUGAGCUGAAUUUCCCUCCGGCCUCGGACCGCAUGGCCUACUUCGGGGUCUCGGAUUACUUCUUCAACACCGCCUUCUCCGUCUACCACAAGGCCGGGGCCUUAAGGCUCUCCGUCUCCGACGACAUGAUUCCGAAGGAGUCCAAAAUCCGUUUGAACACGGCGUCUUUCGGGGGGCUGAUCCCUCAGCUGGCGAAGACGUACCCCAACGUGGCCAUGAAGCUCGUCGUGUCGACGGCCGCGGCUCCCUCGCUGUCCAUCCGGCCGGGCAGCCUGAACCUCGGCCCGGACCUGGACGUCGAGGCCCUGGCCCUCCCGCCCAACGCUUCCGAAGUUCCGCUCUUCCUCCUCGGCCUGUCCACCAACGCCUCGGUCGAGGUGGGCGUGAGGGGAGCCAACAUUUUCGGGUCAACCAAGUUGGGCAGGUUGAAUCUGGAGCUGAAGCAAUCGUCUGUGGGCCCUUUUUCGGUGACCCUCCUGGAGGCCGUCAUGAACUUCUAUGUCUCCCAGGUUCUGCUUCCGAAGGCCAAUGAGAGGCUGGAGAAGGGCUUCCCGUUACCUCUGUUCCAAAAGCUCCAACUGUCCAACCUCGUCCUUCAGCCGCUGCAGAACUUCCUGCUGCUCGGGGCCGAUAUCCACCACGGAUGAUGGAGCCCGAGAACUUGGGCGGGGGUCGCUUUUCUGGACGGGUUGGUGGGGGACGGGUGUCGUCACAGUAGUUGGGGAGGGGGAAGGGAUGAAAUUUUAAGGUACGGGGGCGGGGGACCACCGCCAGCUACAGAAUAAACUCACUUUGAACACA